AUGUCUAGCCAGAAGAGUUUCGAAGACUCCGCUAAGCGACAUGAAAACGAAGAGAUCGAUAGGGAUAAGCACGAAGAAAAUAUCCGCCCGGAGGUGAAACGCUUACUCACGAGCUAUCUCGAGGCAUUAGAUACCGACUGCGAGUCUAUAAGGCACCACGUGCAAAUGCUCAAUAACCUCUAUUAUCGUGGCGAUCUCGACCUCUCGCAGGCUGAGAAGACUAUCGUUCUCCGGGAUGAACUCAGCACUCUCGUCGGAAUGUGGACAAAUACGCGAGUGCGCUUCGAGCGCCAAAGCACAUCCGACUGGGCGUAUAUCGAUUCUCUUCUAGCUCGGAUGAGGACUCCAUCGCGAGCGACCCUAAGUCUCUUCAAGCUAAAAGACGUUAACGAACAACGCCGGUUCCGCACGACGGCUAUCAAGGCGUACGGAGCCGAUUUCUCUAUCAACCCCGAUUUGAUCUGGUGCUGUAUUAGCGACAAGUUCAGAAGCGCCAGCACUAUCGUAGCGGCGUAUACUGUCCCCUACAAUAUUGGGGAAGUCGUCCUACUUAGAGGUUCGUACGGCGACUCCAGGCUGGAGGAAAUCGAUAGGAAGGUACUUCAGUUCCAGACCAUGUUCCGCCCAGUAUACCGACACCUCUACUUUACCUUCGUGGUGUCCCUACUCCAGGUCGCCCAGUUUAUUAGCCCUGGGCAGACGUAUAUGCAUCCCUUGGCGGAGAGCCCAAAGGACCGGCUGGCCGCUGACUACGUUUCGGUGGUUUCAAGCUCGCGUGGUGAUGAAGAUAAUGACGACGACGACGAUCCUUUUAUUGAGAAGAGAAUACAGACCGCGGGCAUGUUUAGUGCUCUCAAGAUCGAGGAGGAUGAAGAGGAUGAGGGUGACGAAGAGGAUCAGGAAGGCGAGGACAACGAGGAGGGUGACUAA